AUGACUGAGAGACAGUUGGACAACCAAGUCAAUGCGAAAAGAGAGCUCGUUCUGAGCCAGGAACAGAUUGGCGAUCAGGCUUUGGCUGAAGCGCUCAAAGUGAACACGACGCUGACUGAGCUCCGACUGAGUUAUUGUCAGAUUGGUGAGGCUGGUGCUCGGGCCAUUGCUGAAGCACUCAGAGUGACCACGACGCUAACUCUGCUCAGGCUGAAUGUGAAUGGGAUUGGCAGUGCUGGAGUGCGCACGAUUGCCGAAGCACUUAAAGUGAACAAGACGGUGACAGUUCUCAAUUUGAGUGAGAAUCAGAUUGGUGACAUUGGAGCGCAGGUCAUUGCCGACGCACUCAAAGUGAACACGACGCUGAAAUAUCUCGUUCUGAGCGCGAAUCAGAUUGGCGCUGCUGGUGCGCAUGCGAUUGCCGAACUGCUCAAAGUGAACACACAGAUGGGUUGGCUCUCUCUGCACCGGAAUCGGAUUGGCGAUGCUGGAGCUCAGACAAUCGCUGAGGCACUCAAAGUGAACCCGCCACUGACUUAUCUUGAUUUGCGGGAGAAUCAGAUUGGUGACAUUGGCGCUCAGGAGAUUGCUGAAGGAAUUAAAGUGAACACGAGGCUGGGGUUUCUCGACCUACAACUAAAUUGCAUUGGCAAUGCUGGUCUUCAAGCGUUUGAUGAAGCGCGCAAAGACAACCGUGCUUCGACUGACGUUGGAAUCGAUCGGCAGGUGCAUCCUCGUUUGUUCUCCUUACUUCCACGACGAUUAGCAACUGCUGAAGAUCUUCAAAACGUGUUUCACUUACUGGCCAGCGGACAGGAGCUGAAAGAUCAACCCACCUCUCUUCCAGCACUACCAGCCGAGCUUGCCGAGCUCAUUAUGGACAAAGCGCACUACUGGCAAGGCGUGCAGCAUACCAAGCGAUCACGGUUUGGUGAUGAUUCCCCCGAGCAUAUUCUGAAAGUCACACUGCCUCAAGGCGUCAAUGGGAAUUCAAUCCGUGUAAAAUCAAUUCAGGUGUUUCGUGACAUGGGAAACCGUUUCGACAGCAACGGCAGCAGCCGCUUUGAUUUGAUUGUCCUAGAUGAGCAACGCGCUGUUCAAUAUGAAUGCUCGGUGAAACCGACCCUCGCCGAUUCGAGCCUCGAGCUUGUGACAAUCCUGCCAGCGAGUCAUCCUGUCAUCCGACAAAUGCGCGCGGGUUGGCAGGUUCAAGUUCGAGCCAGCAAGUCUUCUCGAGAUGUAGUGUUUGAAUCGCUUUAUGUUGGCUAUGUCUAA